UGUAUUUACUGUGAGGUUUUAUGUUCGGUUCUUCAACUUUCUUCCAACACCUUCAGAUCUAAUCUACAGCUUAGUUCUGACGCUGCCUUUCCUUCUUCUUCUUUACGUUGUUGUUGUAAUCUUUAUAAUUUCGUUGAAGAUUUAUAGAUGCGGUGUUUUGGUGAAGAUUUGUUAGAGUGAAGGAAGGCCGAAGAGAAUUUGAAAUUGUAAUGGGUUUUUGGACAUUAAUAGAAGGUUGUCUCCUUCUUGCUAAUGCUCUGGCAAUUUUAAAUGAAGAGAGGUUCCUUGUGCCUAGAGGGUGGAGUUUCCAGGAAUUCUCAGGUGUCAGAAGAAAUUCCCUUAAGGGACAGCUGAUUGGUCUUAUUUAUGCAGUUCAAUACAUGAGAAUUCCCCUUAUUGUUGCCAAUACCAUUUUCAUUGUUGUGAAGGUGGUAUCGGGAUGAUGAUGCUUGGCAUAGUUGAAUGGUUGCACGGGUUUGCGAGGUUUGCCUUGAGUGAUGUGAAAUGUGGAGAAAGCUUCUCCCUUUGGAGGUAAAAGCACUUGCUAAAAAAUAAUAAAAAGAAAAAAAGCUUUGAUAUAGACGAGCUCUCCAAUCAGUUAUUGUUCUUAAGUGAUGUACUUAGCUCCCAUGAUGUUUGGCACGGCAGAGUGAGUAAUUGUGAAAUUGGUUGCAUGAAGUAGAUUUGUUGAUUUUGUUAUUGUUGAAAUAACUCUUUUUGAAGUCUAUUGCGAUUUAAGCAUCUUUUACUGUGAAAUUGGUUGUGUGGAGUAGAUUUGUUGAUUUUGUAUUGUCAAAAUAACUUUUUUUUUUUCUCAACUCCUACAAUUUAAGCAUAUCUAGAUCUUUAAAUUCUUCUAUAUGCUCUGCUAGAUCACCGAUUAUUUGGUUAUCUGUGGUUGGAGUUGUGAAAGGUUGAGUUAUUAAUAAUAUGUGAGAUCUUUAAAGUUUUGCGAUCA